UCUCUCUCUCUCUCUCUCUCUCUAAAUUUGUCUACACACUUUCUCUCUCUAAAUACGUAAGAGAGGAGAAGUGGAGGCGGUCGUGGUCUCUGUUUCUGUGGAAGGAAAAGGAAUAUGCCAUUUCAUGGAAAUGGUUCCUCGCAGACAUUCUCUGAUGACCCCAUUUUAUAAUUUACGCAAACUUACAGGCACAUGCUCUCUUCCCCUUCUCUCGUUGCCCUUUCCUUUCUCAGGUUAGAAGAGUGGAUUUGGUGUAUGCGGAGUGGAGUUCAUUUGCAAGAAUUAGAAUCAAGUGAAUUAGCGAGAAGUUAAUGUUGCUUAAUGGUGUCUGAUAGGCAGUCCGGUGGUUUACUAGACACUCUCAAUAUGGAGAGAGUUCGGACGAUUUUAACUUAUCCAUAUCCUUACCCACACGAGCAUUCACGUCAUGCUGUUAUUGCCGUUGUGGUGGGGUGCCUCUUUUUCAUUUCGUCGGACAAUUUGCACACUCUCAUUCAGAAAUUAGACAGCAACAUAAAAUGGUGGUCUAUGUAUGCCUGCCUGCUUGGUUUUUUCUAUUUCUUUUCAUCUCCAUUUGUAGGGAAGACAAUCAAACCAAGCUAUUCAAAUUUUAGCCGCUGGUAUAUAGCCUGGAUAUUACUUGCAGCUGUCUACCAUCUUCCCAGUUUCCUAUCAAUGGGAGUAGAUUUGAGGAUGAAUCUUUCUUUGUUUUUGACAAUAUAUGUCUCAUCCAUUUUAUUUCUUCUUGUUUUCCAUGUUAUAUUCCUUGGCCUCUGGUAUGUUGGUCUUGUUGCUCGUGUGGCAGGAAGGAGGCCUGAGGUCCUGACAAUUCUUCAAAACUGUGCCGUUUUAAGCAUAGCCUGCUGCGUGUUUUAUAGUCACUGUGGAAAUCGUGCUAUUUUAAGAGAAAAAACAUUUGAGAGGCGAAAUUCUGGUUGGUUUUCAUUUUGGAAAAAGCAAGAACGAAUUCCUUGGCUUGCAAAUUUCUUACGUGUGAAUGAGUGGAAAGACCAGGUCUGUUCAUCUUGGUUUGCUCCGGUUGGGUCUGCCAGCGAUUAUCCACUUUUGUCUAAGUGGGUUAUUUAUGGAGAGUUAUCUUGCAGUGGCUCUUGUGCGGAAUCACCUAAUGAGAUAUCUCCCAUAUACUCGUUAUGGGCCACUUUUAUAGGGCUCUACAUUGCCAAUUAUGUGGUGGAAAGAUCAACAGGGUGGGCUCUAACUCACCCUUUGUCAGUAAAAGAGUAUGAGAAGUUGAAGAAAAAGCAAAUGAAGCCUGAUUUCUUAGAUAUGGUUCCUUGGUAUUCAGGGACAUCAGCUGACUUGUUUAAGACAGUGUUUGACCUACUGGUAUCAGUAACAGUGUUCGUUGGACGUUUUGACAUGCGUAUGAUGCAGGCAGCAAUGAGUAGGGUUCAAGAUGGAGCUAAACAGGAUGAUCUUUUGUAUGAUCAAUUCAGUGAAAAGGAUGAUCUGUGGUUUGACUUUAUGGCUGAUACUGGUGAUGGUGGAAAUUCUUCUUAUACUGUGGCACGACUUCUCGCUCAACCUUCAAUUCGGGUCCGUAGUCGUGACUCUAUGCUUAAGCUACCACGUGGAAACCUGCUCCUUAUUGGGGGUGAUCUUGCAGCCACAGAGGAGUGUCAAGAAUUCUCGAAACCCGAGGGAGGGACCCCCUCUCCCCGGGAGCCCUAUGCAGCAAUGAGUAGGGUUCAAGAUGGAGCUAAACAGGAUGAUCUUUUGUAUGAUCAAUUCAGUGAAAAGGAUGAUCUGUGGUUUGACUUUAUGGCUGAUACUGGUGAUGGUGGAAAUUCUUCUUAUACUGUGGCACGACUUCUCGCUCAACCUUCAAUUUGGGUCCGUAGUCGUGACUCUAUGCUUAAGCUACCACGUGGAAACCUGCUCCUUAUUGGGGGUGAUCUUGCGUAUCCUAAUCCAUCAGCAUUUACAUAUGAAAGGCGCUUCUUUCGCCCUUUUGAAUAUGCUCUCCAGCCUCCACCCUGGUAUAAAGAAGAGCAUAUAGCUGUAAACAAGCCCGAAUUACCAUGUGGGGUGUCCGAGCUGAAGCAAUAUGAUGGACCUCAAUGCUUUGUUAUUCCUGGAAACCAUGAUUGGUUUGAUGGACUUCAAACCUUCAUGAGGUACAUAUGUCACAAGAGCUGGUUGGGUGGAUGGUUUAUGCCUCAGAAGAAGAGCUACUUUGCUUUGCAGCUACCAAAAAGGUGGUGGAUAUUUGGUCUUGAUCUAGCUCUCCAUUGUGACAUUGAUGUAUACCAAUUCAAAUUUUUCUCAGAAUUAAUAAAGGAAAAGGUUGGGGACAACGAUUCUGUAAUCAUUAUGACACAUGAACCAAAUUGGCUUCUUGAUUGGUAUUGGAAUGAUGUGACCGGGAACAACAUCACAUACCUGAUACGUGACCAUUUAAAGGGCAGGUGCAAACUUCGAAUGGCUGGGGAUUUGCAUAAUUAUAUGCGCCAUUCAUUUGUUCCUUCAGAUAAGCCAGUUUAUGUGCAACAUUUGCUUGUUAAUGGUUGUGGUGGGGCUUUUUUGCAUCCUACCCAUGCCUUUAGGAAUUUCAACAAAUUGUAUGGGACUUCCUAUGAAAGCAAGGCUUCGUAUCCUUCUUUUGAAGAUUCGAGCAGGAUUGCUCUAGGAAAUAUUUUGAAGUUCCGAAAGAAAAAUUGGCAAUUUGAUUUCAUUGGUGGCAUUAUAUACUUUGUGUUGACCUUUUCCAUGUUCCCACAGGAUGAUACAUUUUCUGGUCACCUAAGGAGCUUCUUUAGCACAGUGUGGGAUGCUUUUAUGUACAUGCUAGGACAUUCACAUGUAUCUUCAGCAAGUGCUCUGUUAUUGUUAAUAGCUGCUAUCAUGUUUGUACCCUCCAAAGUAUCUCGGAAAAGAAGGGCAAUAAUUGGGAUUCUUCAUGUUGCUGCCCAUCUGUCUGCGGCAUUAAUUCUCAUGCUGCUGUUGGAAUUGGGAGUUGAGACAUGUAUUCGGCAUAAAUUAUUGGCAACUUCAGGUUAUCACACUUUAUAUGAAUGGUAUCGAUCAGUGGAGAGUGAGCAUUUUCCUGACCCAACAGGCCUCCGGGCUCGUAUAGAACAAUGGACAUUUGGCCUCUAUCCAGCAUGUAUUAAGUAUCUGAUGUCUGCAUUUGACGUUCCAGAGGUCAUGGCUGUCACAAGGAAUAAUAUUUGCAAGAAAAAUAUGGAUUCACUCUCCCGUGGGGGUGAUGUGAUAUAUUAUGCUUCUGUGUUCCUUUAUUUCUGGGUCUUUUCAACUCCAGUGGUUUCUUUGAUCUUUGGAAGCUACCUGUACAUUUGUAUUAACUGGCUUCACAUACACUUUGAUGAAGCCUUUUCCUCACUCCGUAUUGCUAAUUACAAGGCAUUUACACGUUUCCAUAUCCUCCACAAUGGCGAUCUUGAAGUUUUCACCCUCGCAGUUGAUAAGGUUCCUAAGGAAUGGAAGCUGGAUCCUAAUUGGGAUGGGGAACCAAAACAACCAGUGCAGCUGAGCCACCUGAGAAAGUUUCCUAGCAAAUGGAGAGCAACUUCCUCUCAGCAGGACCCAGGUAGCACUGUACGGAUUGUUGACCAAUUUGUCAUUAGACAAACCGACCAGGAAGCAGUGAAUGGGCAGUAACUUGCUGACAUCUGAUUUGAUAUUUGUAAACAUAUGUAAUUUGUAGUCUUUAGGAAUCAAUUGAAGAAAGGGGAAAGAAAAAGGUUAAAGGUUUAGAAUGUACUCUUGUAUGAAUCAAACCAAAUCGGAUGGGAAAAAUAGAAGACAUAAAAACACUUGUUGCAGUUUAAUAUAAUAUUGUGGAAUGGAAUGAGUAACUCCCCUCAAACUGGCAUGGAUCAGCAAUAAUAUGUAC